AUGAAAGGGAUACCAUAUGCAUCUGCAGUAGGAAGCCUAAUGUAUGCACAUGUCUGCAUUAGACUUGACAUUGGCUUCGUAGUGGGAUUAUUGGGUCGAUAUCAAAGUAACCCAGGAUUGGAUCAUUGGAAAGCUGCAAAGAAAGUUUUACAGUACUUACAAGGAACCAAGGAUUAUAGAUUGACCUACAGACACACCGACCGAUUAGAGGUGGUUUGUUAUUCAGACUCGGAUUUUGUCGGAUUUGUAGACACCAAAAAAUCUACUUCAGUAUAUAUUUUUCUACUUGCUAGAGGUGCUAUAUCUUGGAGGAGUUAUAAGCAAACUAUUGUUGCUAUGUCUACUAUGGAGGCAAAGUUUAUAGCAUGCUGUAAAGCUACUACCGAGGCAUUAUGGUUGAGGAAUUUCCUCAGUGGUCUUAAGAUUGUUGAUUUAGUAGAGAGGCCACUACAGAUCUUCUGUGAUAGUACUACUGCAGUUUUCUUCUCCAAGAACAAUAAAUGCAGUAGUAGAAGUAAGUAUAUCGACAUCAAGUACCUUAGUGUUAGAGAGAGCAUUAAGAGGAAUGAGGUGUUUAUUGAGUGCAUAAGUGCUGAGUUGAUGAUUGUAGAUCCCAUGCCCAAAGGCUUACCACUACUGCAAUUCAAAGGUCAUGUGGACAAUAUGGGACUUGUCAACUUAUUUUAUGUUUAG